GUCCCACCUCAGUACCGUCUAGUAACCCCUAAGGGAGAAACAGCAGCCAUGAACACUCAACAGAUGGAGCAGAUGGGCCAGUUCAAGAUCACAGUCUGGGAGGAGGAGAACUUCCAGGGAAAGCGCUGUGAGUUCAUGCUGGAGUGCCAGAACAUCAUGGAGAGGGGCUUCAACAAGAUCCGCUCCAUCAAGGUCGAGAAUGGACCUUGGGUGGGUUAUGAGUACCCAGAGUUCCAGGGACAGCAGUUUAUCCUGGAGAAGGGAGACUACCCUCGCUACGAGGCCUGGAGUGGAAACAGCAGCUACAGAACCGAGCACAUGCUUUCCUUCAGACCCAUCAAGUGCGCUAACCACAGUGACAGCAAGGUGACCCUGUACGAGUGUGAGGACUUCCAGGGCCGUAAGUUUGAGAUGUGCGAUGACUACCCCUCCCUACAGGCCAUGGGCUGGUGCAGCAAGGAGGUUCCCUCCAUCAAAGUCAACUCAGGAGCCUGGGUUGCCUACCAGUUCCCUGGUUACCGUGGCUACCAGUACAUCCUGGAGAGAGACAGACACCAAGGCGAGUACAGACACUACAACGAGUACAGCACCCAGGCUCACACCAACCAGGUGCAGUCCAUUCGUAGGAUCCAGCACUAA